CAACACCGCCACCGAGUGCAGCUUCUGAGCGGUCUUGUCAGUAUCCGACUCCUCUAAGAACCACAUUUUAGGAUUAGUGAAGGAUUGGAAGGUAGAUCGGGGUAUAGGUUUGGGGCGUGAACGCGGAGCCAGAGCUUGCACUUCACAAAGUCAGGACCGUACUCGCAGUACUCAGAGGGAAGGCUGCAGACACCGCAAUAGAGGACGCGCACCGGCUGCCGCUGGUCCGCCAUCGUCGUCGACGGCAAGGUGAAUUUUUGCGGAAGAGAGAGAAAAUAUUAUAUUAGGGCUGGUAAUGGACCCAGUAGAGUCCGAUUAAAUUAAAUUAAUCUCUGAAUCCGGUCCGGCCCAAAUACUUCCUCUUCCUCUUCCUCCGUCUCCUUUCAGGAAUUUUAUCGAACAGAUUUUCCGCAUCUUGUGAAAUGGGGAUUUGCAGAGGGCGGAAGCGGCCUCCUCUAUUGUUACUCCUCGUCCUCUUCCUCUCCCUCCCUCUAUUUCUUUCAGUGUCAAGGCUUUAUCAGAAUCCCCCAAUCCAAGUAGAGUUAGAGAGAAGUCGCCCUAAGAAAUCAGAUCACCUUAUCCUCGGACCGGCAGCCGGACAAGGGUUGCCUAACCGCCUUCAAUGUCAAGGUCUUAAAGCUAUCAAUAACCUUCAUUCUUUAAAAUCAGAUCAAGACAUUCAGAUUGGGGAUAAGGUUUCUUUUGUAAUCGUUUACACAAUUUACAAUAAUUCUUAUGGAUCACACUCUGCAAGGAUGGAUGACAAAUUAUCCGAUAUUGCAACUGUUGGGAGCAAUUUCUACAAUAAAUUUGAAAGAUCUAUGGCCAUUCUUAAUGUGUUCAUUGACUUCAUACAGGUGUCAAUGCCAAAUAGCAAUGUGAUUCUACUGACUGAUCCUUCUUCCAAAUUCACGAUGAGAAGAAGCCAAGCAACAACACUAGCAAUUCCUGGAGAUUAUUCACGAGGGAAUUUGAUGCUGCAGAGAAUCAAAUCAUACAUUGCAUUUCUUGAAACACAAAUUCAAGAACACCCCAAGAGUUCAAAGCCUUCUAGUCACUACAUUUUCACUGACUCUGAUAUUGCUGUGGUAGAUGAUCUGAGGCAUAUAUUUCAUAAAUAUCCUGACUUUCAUGUCGGUCUCACUUUCCGGAACAACAAAAAUCAGCCAUUAAACUCAGGAUUCAUUGCAGUUAGGGGCACCCCAGAUGGAUUACACAAAGCAAAAUUCUUUUUGGAAGAAGUCGCGAACACAUACAGCUCAAAAUUUAUGCAGGCAUCACGCAUGCUUGGUGAUCAGUUAGCUCUCGCAUGGGUUGUUAAAUCUCAUCUUCCAUCUUCUGUAAAGAAGUUCAACAGACAUGAAGCCUUUUCUGGCGAGCUUAAUGGUGUCUCAGUCCUCUUUUUGCCUUGUGCUGUUUAUAACUGGACCCCUCCUGAAGGCGCUGGCCAGUUUCAUGGCAUGCCUUUGGAUGUACAGGUUGUCCAUUUCAAGGGUUCCAGGAAACGAUUGAUGUUGGAGGCUUGGAACUUUUAUAAUUCAACCUCCAAUCUUCCCAGCAUGCUCUGCCUUAUCUUGAAGAGUGGGAGGACAAAAUACGACUUCUGAAAUCGCAUCGGCUUCAGUAACCACUGUUGUAUCGCCAAAGUCUAGUGUUGUUAAAAUCUCAUUCUUUUUCAUACUUGUCUAAUUCAUUAUGAUUGGGAGAGCUCGUUUCAUCUCUUGUAUGUGCAUUUUUCUGCCAUGGUAGUUGUUUCAAGUGAAAUUGAGCUAGUUUUACUUA